AUGAAGCAGAGCAUGGCACGCAGCAGACGGUUGAAGCGCCCCUGCAUCAGCCUCACCUUUGCGCUGCUCUGCCUCUUUCUCGUGACGGUUGUGUACAUCACGGCGUACACCGUUGGAAAGUUUUCGAUGGACGCGCGCGGGCGGGAGAAGUUGGAUUUGACCGACCGCAUCAUCCACUCCAUGACGAAACGCUUUCAGGAGUGCCAGGCGCAGAAGCAGCUGCUGAAGAACGGCCAUACCACCGCACGUAUGGCUCUUGAAAUUGCCCAGGAGACAAAAAAGAAGUUGGAGAUGGAGCUUGGGCUGAUGCGGAACCGCAACACCCUCAUGCUGCAGUCCGUCGAGGAGUGCAAGAAGGAGUUGGAGCUGCUGAAAGAAAACGGUCGUGGCGCGGUGACUUUGGCGCUUCAGCUCGACCGCCUUACAAAGGAGCGUCAGUUUUACAUGGACGCCAUCGCCGUCGUCAACGGGAGCAGCGACGUGGGGCGGCGGCAGACGGCCGAUGUUUUUGCGGCCAUUGCGAAGGAAUUUGACGAAUGGGAGGAUGCCGCGCAGAACAAAACCGAACUUUUAACAAACUGUAACAACGCGAUGCGACGCUACAGUAUCGUGUUUGACGCCGGGAGCACCGGCAGCCGGGUGCAUGUGUUUCGUUACAACUUAACAUCAACCCCGCAUGCGGGCAAUUUCAGUUGGAACGGCACAAGACCCUCACUGACGUCAUUUCUGCGUCUAGACGAUGAGCUUUUUGUUGAGAACUAUGAGCCCCUGUCUGGGCUUGCCAACCCCAAUGAUGCAGUCGCAUCCCUUUCACCCCUGAUUGAGGCCGCGAAGGCAUACAUCCCGGAGUCGUUGCAUGCAUGUGUACCAAUUGAGAUGAAAGCAACGGCGGGUCUCCGACGCAUUGGUCGUGAGCAUGCAGAGGCUGUACUGGAUGUCGUACGUCGCCUCUUUGCGCGUGGACCAUUUUGGAUGCAGUCGGAGUUGGACUCCGUACGCAUUCUUGAGGGAUGGGAAGAGGGGCCUCUCGCAUGGCUCACCGUUAACUAUCUCCUUGGCGCAUUGAAUGGGGACAAGAACACGGCCACUAUUCUUGAUCUUGGCGGCGGAUCGACCCAAAUUGUCAUGCACCCCAGUGAUCCCAAAGCCAUUGAAGCUUAUGCCGAGUUCUCAUAUGCACUUAAAGUGAAUGGUCGUUCUUUUGUGGUGUACCAGCAUAGUUACGAGGGCAAUGGAUUGCACGCUGCUAAGGAACAACUCCUCCAGGCCGUGGCAGCGAACAACACCGGUGCGAACUCCAAGGUCCAAGAGGCGAAUAAAAUUGCCACAGGAACGGAAGCGACUCCCGGUGCUUCUGCUGACGUGGCCGUUGAUGCCUUCCCCUGUUUUCCAAAAGGAUACGUUCACACGGAAACAGGCAUUUCUAAUACGAGGGACGGUGGUAAGGUGCCAUCGAUGGAGGAAUGCUCGGCGCUUUUCCGCCGUCACGUCGUUCGGAAACAUCAACCGUGCGGCAGUAAUUCCUGUGGAUUCAAUGGUGUCUUUCAGCCGGAUAUUUCAGCCGUGCCAAUGGUCCCUGUGUAUGCCUUCUCCUUUUACUACGACCGCCUAAAGCCAUACAUAAAAGAUGAAGUCAUCCGUGUGCAGGAUGUAUUGGAUAUUGCUAGUCAAGUGUGCCGUUCCAUGAAGUCUGUGCGGGAACUCCUUGAACAAAACGAUACGAAGAAAAACAAAGGCUCAUUGAAGCCUGAGAUGGAGUGUUUUGAGCUUUCUUAUCUCUUUACGCUGCUUCGCUACGGCUUUGGAUUCCCCCCUGAGCAGAAGUUGCAUAUUGCGAAAAAAAUCAACGGCUUUGAGACCGCCUGGGCACUUGGCGCCUCCCUUGUUAGUUUAGAGGGACAAUCUGCUUAA